AUGUGUAAGCCCCGCCCCCUCCGACACAUUCUUCAGAUUCCUGCUCAGACCUGUCCACUUCUCUCUGGUCUGGGCUCCGUCUGCAGCUUUGUGUUGUUUUUCUGCUACAAGGCUCAGACGAACGAGUCCAGGAUGUCUUCCUCCAGGAGCAGAGUCGGUCCAGAGGAAAGUCUCUCCGUGAUGCAGGAGCUGGAGGACCGUCUGAAAGAACAGAUCGACAAACUGGAACACCUCCGACUGUCUGCACUGGACCUGAGAGAACAUGUAUCAGCGGUACGGUACCACUGA